AUACGUACAUAGUUGACAAACUGAAAUAGAAAAUGACCAAAAAGUGAAAAAAUAUUUGGAGGAAUUUAAUGAGUUUAAACGUUUAUCUCCAACUGAAACAUUAAAGUUCAAAAUGUGUGAAGACUUUUUAACAAAACAAAGUCUUGAGGUUAUAAGUGAUAACAAUGAUAAGUAUCCUUGGUGUGCUCAUGGUCCAACUUUACUCUUUAGAAUAACAAAAAAUGGUUGCAUAAAAGAAUAUUUUGCUUGUUCUGCAUUUCGAAGUCGCAAAGGCUGCAAUUUUUAUUUAGAGAAACAAGAGUAUGAUAAUAAUCACAAUAAAAUUGAUAUAAAAUUAGAAUCAAUUGAUCUAGAAGCUAUCAAACUUCUUAGAGAUAAUAUUUUCAAAUUUAAACCAGAUGAAUUAAACUACUGUCACCAGUGCAAUGUAAUUUUCCAUGUACAUAUUAAUUCAAAAUCACAUCAGAAUCAUGAGAGUAUCAGAAUUGCAUCAGAUCUGUGGAAAACGCCAACGAAAUUUUUGCGACCAUUUAGCGAUGACAAAGCGCAAGCUCAAUAUUUUUUUAAAGAUAAUACAUUAAAUUUUCUUGGUUUAAUGUUAAAAAAACUACAUAUCUCGAAAGUGGUUUGCAUCGGAGCACCAAGAUUACACGAAUAUUUAAAACAGAAGUAUGACAUAUUUAAGAUCGAAAGCAUACUUCUAGAUUUAGAUCACCGAUUUUUUUACUUUAAUUCAGAUUCAGAGUUUUUUUAUUAUAACAUGUUCAACAAUCAUUUUUUUGAAGGCCAAGAAAAAAAGAAUAUGUUUAAGAAAUUCCUGAAAAUUGAUGGUAAUGAAACAAUUUCAGUGAUAACUGAUCCUCCUUUUGGGUGCAGAACAGAACCAUUAGUAAACGUUCUGAGAGAUAUAGCAUCCGAUUUUCGAGAAGUAAAUAAUUUUUUUCGAGUAUUACCAACAAUUUGGAUAUUCCCAUACUAUAUGGAGCAUUAUAUAAAAAAAGAAAUGCCAGAAAUGGAAAUGCUUGAUUAUAAAAUUAAUUAUAGUAAUCAUGAAGCAUAUAGCGAUGGAAUAAAUUCUAGGAAAUAUGGUAGUCCAGUGCGCUUAUUUACGAAUAUUCCAUUACAUUUGAUAGAGUUGCCGGCGACAGAAGGAUAUAAAAUGUGUAAUAUUUGUCAAAAAUGGACUGCAGUUGAAAAUAUUCAUUGUAAAAUAUGUAAUAAAUGUCCUUCAAAAAAUGGUGAAACAUACAGGCAUUGCAAUUUAUGUUCGCUGUGUGUGAAACCUAAUUACGUUCACUGUGUUAAUUGCCGUCGUUGCACACAAAAACAAAAUCACAAUUGCACAGUGUUCCAAAAAAAUACACAUUGUUGGAUUUGCGAUGAAUUUGGCCAUUUAGAAGUAAAUUGUAAUAAAGGAAAUGUUUCUUCGAUAAGAAAAUUUUUAAGGAAUAAAGAAAAGAAAUGUAGAUUUUGUUUAAUUUGUUGUAAGAAUGGGCAUAAUGAGAGAAAAUGUAAAUUGAAAUUUAAA